AUGGUUCGAACCUCAACUUGGAUACAGUUGUUCCCCUCCCGAGAGAUGAAAUCCAGCCUUUCGCCAUUCCGCCGGUGUUGCUGCCUGCAAUUAGGGUGCAGUGGAUACCCGAGCCCUCAGACCCGGGCGGUAGCUGCCAGUCUGAGGCAAUCACUGAGUUCCAGUCAGAACAGAUUCGUCGGGACAGCCGCUCCAUCUUCCACUUCAACCCCGCCGAAAGCCGAGCCCCAAUCGCCCCCAAGGCCGCCCAGCUCAUCGUUCCAAUCAGCCAAAAGCACCAGACCGAAUCGGAACGUGGUCUCGCUGGCCCUUUUCAUCACCACUGGUGUCGGAAUCUACUUCUACUUCAAGAAUGAGAAACUCAAGGUCGAGGAAAAGAAACGCGAGGAAAGGGCCAAUAAGUCCGUAGGAAAAGUUAAGAUUGGUGGCCCCUUCGAGCUCAUCAAUGCUCAGGAUGGAAAACCAUUCACUGAAAAAGAUCUCAUUGGGAAGUUCAACCUGAUCUAUUUUGGAUUCACAAAUUGUCCGGAUAUUUGUCCUGAGGAACUAGACAAAAUGUGUGCCGUGAUUAACAGAAUUGCCGAAGACAAGAACAUCAAAAUUCCAAUCCAACCGAUCUUCAUCUCCGUCGAUCCCAACCGGGAUACACCGGACGCAAUAUCCAAAUACCUUGAAGAAUUCGAUCACAAAAUGAUCGGCUUGACUGGUGACUACGAGUCCAUCAAAAAGAUGUGCAAAGUUUAUCGGGUGUAUUUCUCGACCCCACCGAAUGUCAAACCUGGCGAGGAUUAUCUGGUAGAUCAUUCAAUAUUCUUUUAUCUCAUGGCACCCAAUGGAAACUUUGUCGAUGCUUUUGGGAAGAUCUUCAGCAAAGAUGAAGUGUACACAAAAGUCCACUCAUACAUGACUGACUGGUCGGCAGGGAAACGUUACGGAGAAGAAGACAUUUGA